AUGUUUUCAAGGCACAGUUCCUCAAAAUCUGGUUAUCAGAUGUUGCAAGUAAUGAGGUUUGCUGUUGAGGAGAUUAAUAACUCCACCACUCUUCUGCCCAAUGUUUCUCUGGGCUAUGAAAUUUUUGAUCAUUGUUCUAAUACAAAGAAUUUAAACUCAGUCUUACAUUUUAUGUCAAAGAAUGGCUCAGUAAAACCUAAAGAAAAACUCAACAACUAUCAGCCUAAAGUGAUUGCUUUAACAGGGCCAUAUGGAAGCACAAGAACUAUGACUAUUGCCACUGACACAAUGGACCUGAUUCCAAUGGUGAAUUAUGGAGCUGCUAGCUAUGUGUUAAGCAAUAAACUCCAUUAUCCUUCUUUUGUAAGAACAAUUCCUAGCAACAAAGAUCUGAUAGAGAUGAUUAUUCACAUCAUACAAUGGUUUGGAUGGAACUGGGUUGCUUUUCUUGGUAGCCAAGAUGAUUACAGUUUAGAUGGACUGAAGCUGUUUAACAAGUAUAUAAACAAUACUGGCAUUUGUUUGGCCUAUCAAGAGGGUCUGAGUCUAAAUGCAAACUACAGUCAAACACUUAAAAAGAUUGAUAAGCUCAACAUCAAUGUCAUUGUUAUUUUUGCUUUGACACCGUGUGCAAGCAAAAUGAUCAAAGCAGCCAUAGCGAACAACAUCCAAGACAAAGUAUGGAUUGCAAGUAAUUCAUGGUCUAUGAAUCAACAGAUUCCAAGAGAGCCAGGAAUUGAGAAAAUUGGCACAAUCAUUGGCAUUACGGAGAGACUGCUGUCAUUGCCAGGAUUUAAUGAAUUCAUCUAUAAAGCCAGAGGAGCAAUGGAUGCUGGCCAUAACGUUAGUGCUGCAGGUGACGUCCAGAGUAAGAGCAAGACAUGUAAUCAAGUUUGUGAUUACUGCUCAUUGCUGACCACAGAGGAGAUUAUAAAUGAAAAUCCCACAUUCUCCUUUGCCAUCUAUUCUGCCAUAUAUACCAUAGCUCAUGCCUUACAUAAGGUUCUGCAGUGUGACAUGAAUGAAUGUUCCAAAAACAUAAAGGCCAAGCCAUACAUGCUUCUGGGAGAGAUAAAGAAGUUGGAUUUUCGACUCAGUGGCCGUCAGGUGAAAUACGAUGAUAAUUAUGAUCCAACCAUCAGUUAUGCAGUUGUGCUCUGGCACACUGAUGUGAAUCCUCCACAGUUUGAGAUUGUAGGCAGAUAUGAUAAGCUUUCAGAAAUUACUUUUACCAUCGACAGCUCUCUCCUGCCCUGGCAUAACAAUUCUGUUCCCUUUUCGAAUUGCUCUGUUGAGUGUAAGGCAGGAUAUUCAAGGCAACCUGAAGGCUUUCACAGUUGCUGUUUUACGUGUAAAAAAUGUCCACGUAACAGCUAUGUGGAUUUUUCUCGGGAUCCUUAUACCUGUUUACCAUGUGCAGAGAGUGAAUGGUCUGAUGAAGGCAGUGCUACAUGUAAGACACGCUCUGUUGUCUAUCCUCAGUUCACAGAAAUCCCCUCCAUCAUUGUCAUGGUUUCUGCUGCAUGCCUAAUUAUUCUCCUUAUUGCUGUAUUUUGCAUUUUUGCCUACAAUUACGACACACCAGUGGUGAAGUCUGCUGGUGGCAGCAUGUGUUUCCUCAUGUUGACCAGUUUGAUUUUGUCUAGCAUAAGUGCGUUCUUUUUCUUUGGAAAACCCACAUUUGUAUUUUGCCUUCUGAGAAAUGCCAUAUUUUCCUUUUUCUUCACUGUCUGUAUUUCCUGUUUGACUGUCCGUUCCUUUCAAAUUGUUUGUGUUUUUAAAAUGGCUGCUCAGUUCCCUAAAGUGCACAGCCUUUGGGUAAAACACAAUGGCCAGUGGCUCUUCAUUGCAUUGGUGUCCUCCUGGAUCUCCUACCACAGCUUCCCUUUUCAUUCAGAUGGCGACAGAUAG